AUGGCCGCUGCUGUCAAGUCCGAGGCCUCUGAGCCCAAGGUGAGGCCGACCAGGCCCGACGAGGAGGCCUUCAAGGCUGCUCUCGCUCAGGCUGAGAAGGAGCACGCCGCUGUUCAGGAGAAACUGAACCAAGUCAAGGCCAAGAUCGAGACCGCCAAGCCCAACAACCAGGACUCCCCCACCGCAAAGAGACAGCAGGAACUCCGCGCUGAGCUCUCCUCCAUCCGCCAGAAGCAGUCCGGAUUCAAGGCCUCGCGAACCAGCACCCAGGAAAAGAUCAAUGCCCUCGAUGCGACGCUCAAGGCCCGCAUUGCCGAGCAGAACAACUCCCGCAUCCGCAUGUCCUUCAAGAACGUCGAAGAGCUUGACCGUGAAAUUGCCCGCCUGGAGAAGCAGGUCGACUCUGGUACUCUGCGUCUUGUCGACGAAAAGAAGAUCCUCGCCGAUAUCUCGAGCAUGCGCAAGCAGCGCAAGAACUUCGCCAGCCUCGACGAGGCCCAGAAGGUUAUUAACGACCUGAAGACCCAGAUUGCUACCCUCAAGAAGACCCUCGACAACCCUGAGGCCAAGGCCCUGAGCGACAAGUACAGCGAGAUCCAGAAGGAACUUGACGCGAUCAAGGCUGAGCAGGAUGGCGCCUUCAAGAACCUGAACGCUCUGCGUGACGAGCGCACCAAGCUCCACGGCGAGCAGCAGGCCAAGUGGACCGCCAUCCGUGAAGUCAAGGACAACUACUACAAGGCUCGCAAGGCCUACAAGGAGUACGAGGACGAGGCCUGGAGGAUCCGCCGGGAGAAGCAAAAGGCCCAGCGCGAGGCUUUCGAGCGGGAGAAGAAGAGGAAGAUUGCCGACAAGAAGCUGGAGGAGGCUUCUCGCCUUGCUUACACCGACGAGAUUCUCACUGCGCAAGGUCUUAUCCGCCACUUCAACCCCUCCUACGACUUUGCUUCCCUCGGCCUCAGCGACAAGAAGGACCAGACCUCCGAGUUCCGUGCCGAAGUUGGCCGCAAGGUUGAUGACUCCGGUAUCAAGGGUAUGAAGGUCCUGAAGAAGGAUGAGGACGACUACUUCAUCGGCACCGGUGGCAAGAAGGGUAAGAAGGGUAAGAAGGGCAGCGCCAGUGCCAGCCCUGCGCCGUCUACCCCUGCCGAGAGCAAGUUCAACAUGAACGUUGGUAUCAUCGAGGACUUUGCCAAGGUCAAGAUCGACCCUCCCAUGAACCAGUCCGACGUCCCUGCUGUUGUUGAGAAGCUCGCGGCCAAGAUUACCGAGUGGAAGAAGGACCAGGCCGCUAAGACUGAAGAGAAUAUCAACAAGGCCAAGGAAGAGAUCGCCCGCCUGGACGCGGAAGAGACCACGGCCACCGAGGCCAAUGGAAAGACCGAGAAGGAUGCGGCUGCUGAGGUGGCCGACGACCUCAACAAGGCCUCCCUGGAGGAGAAGGCCUAA